AUGGCACUAAACAAGUUAUUUACUUCAGCUUGUUGGCUGAAUAAGUUAAAGCACAUUUCAAAAAUUGAUAAUUUAUCUUAUCGAAAUUUAUUAUCACAAAGAACGCGUCAUUUCCGCAUCUAUUCAACACCAAAUACGAAAAAAAUCACUAUUCACAAUGUUAAAGAUAACGAUCAUUAUAGUUCAGUUAACUCCCUGACGUACGAGCCAAAAUUCGUUACUGACCAAGAAGAGCAAGAUAAAUAUAAAGAAAGUACUCUCUCUUGGAUAUAUAAAAAACUUCCGAUUAGUGUUGUUCCUUAUGCCCAACUUGUUCGUCUUGAUAAACCUACUGGCACCUGGUUGCUUUAUCUUCCAUGUGCGUGGAGUAUAUCAAUGGCCUCCUAUCACGCAAACCUACCCUUAAAUCAAACACUAUCAAUGCUAGGUUUAUUUGGGAUUGGUGCCUUCGUGAUGAGAGGCGCAGGAUGCACCAUAAAUGAUAUGUGGGAUAGUCGCAUUGAUCGAAUGGUAGAACGUACUAGAACACGACCACUCGCAUCUGAUAAAAUCACUCAAUUCGAAGCAUUAUCUUUUUUGGCUAUUCAGUUAUCCGCAGGCUUGGCUGUUUUGACACAAUUGAAUUUGUAUAGCAUAUUUUUGGGUGCAACAUCACUAAGCUUAGUCACCAUAUAUCCCUUUAUGAAACGCGUUACAUAUUGGCCUCAACUAUUUCUUGGAUUUGCUUUCAAUUGGGGAGCUUUAUUAGGUUGGCCUGCUAUGUUGGAUGACAGCAAGUUCAUCGUGAUUUUGCCAUUAUAUGCUAGUGGCGACAAAGAAUAUGAUAAACUGGUCGGUGUAAAGUCCACAGCACUUUUAUUUGGCUCUGACACACGUAAAUGGUUGUCCCUAUUUUCUGGUGCAAUGGUAUCACUAGUCGCGUUAUCAGGAUAUGCAAACGCUCAAGGAUUACCCUUUUAUUUAAUUUCUGUUGCUGGGUCUGCUACGCAUUUAUUUUGGAUUGUACACAAGACAGAUUUUGAUAAAGCUAAAGAGUGUGGACGAAAGUUUAGGAUGAGUAAAUGGACUGGUGGAAUUGUAUGGUUGGGCAUUUUGAUGGAUGAUAUGUGGCAAAGAGUAAUAAUAUGA